AUGCUGUGUGCACUGUGCUUGGGUGUAAGCAGAGAAGUAAAAAGGGCCUUUCAUUUCAUAGGUACACACAGAACUUCUGGAAUGAUAGAUUCACAGGAUGUUAGUAAAGAGGAGUUAGAAAUAUUAAAAGGCGAUGCUGUGGGUAACAACCUCUGCAGUAGCAAAUGGAUAAUCAAUACUUUGAUGUCUUUACUUAAGGUUGACGAAAAUGGCUGGACAGAAGAAGUAAUGGAUGAGCUUGAUACUUUAUCGCAUUUAUUGUUGGAUGGAGAAGUAUUGUCGUAUCUUUUGUCACAGGAUUUUCUUCAGAUAAUAAAGCACUUACUGGCGAUUUCUGACGAAUCAGAAUCCACUGAACUAGUCUUAACUGUCAUUCGCAAUAUAUGCCGAAAUGAUAAAGCUAUUGAUACAAUAGGAUGCGACCAUGAAUUAGUUAUACAAAUUCUGAGCUAUCUAGAAUCUAGCGACUCGUCAAUAUUGAUUCAACUUAUCAACAUUUUAAUAUUAAUUGCAUUGAAAAUCCAGCAAAAUCCUCAAUCGAAUUGGAUAGCUCAUCUUACGGAAUAUGAAUUUUUUGGAGCUACUAUAACUUUUAUAUUAAAGAGUUCAACUAAUGAUGACUUAUUAAGAGACACAAUGAAUUUGCUUCAAUCUAUAUCUGAGAUAAGUCUGUUGGAGAAACUGUUUAAGAUAGACGACUUGUUUUCUGCCCUGUUGGAAUCAUUCGUACAGAAACAGAUGAGGAAAAAAAGAUGCAAGUAAAUUCCGACGAAAUGGUAGUGACAAACAGCGUUUUAAAUAUGAUGAUGAAAUACUGGUUACGUAUUAUUAAAUCUUGUACCAGC